UCUACAACAUUGAACAGGACAAACGUUAUGGAGGCUGUCUCUCCUUACCUAGAUCGAUAUAAAGGCUAUGUGUUUAUAGUUGGAGAUACGACGCCGGAAUACAUCGAUUCGCUCCAGACAUUUGAGAUAAGGGACGACGAUACUUUUCUGGUCACCUAUCCCAAGUCAGGCACUAUAUGGACUCAGCAGAUCCUCACGUUGCUCUGUGAAGCAGACCUCUCAAACGACAUUGUGUAUGACAACAACCUGGAAACUAUGCCCUGGCUGGAGUUUCGCAUGGACCGCCCCGACUACGCCUUGCGCCCCUCCCCUCGUUUAUUUGCCUCUCACCUCAUCCCUGCGCUGAUGCCCCCAGGACUGAAGGGCAAGAGGGCCAAGAUUGUAUAUGUGAUGAGGAACCCAAAGGACGCUAUGGUCUCUUAUUUUCACUUCUGUCACGCUGUGGGCAAACUGGAGACCCCCAAGAGCUUUGAGGACUUCAUGGAGCAGUACCUGGAGGGAGCAGUUGCUGCUGCUUCCUGGUUCGAUCACAUCAGGCAAUGGUACUCAAAAAGAGACCAGUACAACAUCCUGUUCUUGAGGUACGAGGACAUGGUAAAGGAUCUGAGGUCUGAGGUGUUGAAGAUAAGCAAGUUCCUUGGGAAGAACCUGGAUGGCUCGGCCAUCGACCGCGUGGUGGAGAGGGCCACCUUCAAGAACAUGAAAAAGGACCCCAAAGCCAACUACGAGUUCCUGCCCCAGGAACUGCUUGAUCGUGAGCAGGGACACUUCCUGCGCAAAGGUACGGUCGGGGACUGGAAGAACACCUUCACAGUGGCCCAGAGCGAGCGGUUUGACCAGGUCUUCCAAGAGAGGAUGAGGGACCUCCCCCUGCAGUUCACAUGGGACAUUCACGAGCAUCCUGAGUAGCAGCCACGGUCCAUCAGCUAGUCUCUUAUUAUCAUGUGUCCUCUUCUAAACAAAUGGCCAUUUUCCCCCUUAAGUCUUAAAAUUUUUUGUAUGUAAAAAUUUACUCAUAUUGCACUUAAUGGUGGUUUAAUGCUGCACAUUUAUUCAGGACAUUGAUUCUCAUGUUAACAAAAUGUUUUACUCUCACAGACAUUCUUUGGAUUGUUUUUAUGCUGAAAAAAAUCUAUUUUAUGCCAAGUGAACUUUAAUUUGCCAAGUCACUACAUUCUUUUUUAUAAGUUGAUCUGUCGGAUAUCUAGCUUUUUCGACUAUGGCUUUUGAGAGAGAGAGAGACAUUAUAAUUUGAUAGUGAACUUGUCCAUGAUUCAAGCAAUAAUACAUUGCUAUUUAUUAAGUAGCCUGCUCUGUUUCACCUAACUGUAAGAAUUCUGCUUUUUUCUCUCUCCCCUCUCAUAAGCAUCGGAGGGAAUGUCCUUAGGCAAUGAAGUCACACCGAGGCCCUUGUCUAUGCAUACAAAUCUAGGGUGUCAUUUAAUUACUUCUGAAGAGUCACCAGAACAUGAAGCUAUUUAUGCGGGUGGCCACUUACACUACUGGCUGGUCAUAACAAUGUUUUGCCUACAACCAUUACUUCUGUUGUUAAAAUCAGGAAUAGAUUUACAGCUUGUAGUGGUAUUCAAUGGCUGAGCUAAAUUACUUACUAACAUGUUCAUGUUUGGUCUUGUUAAAAAGAGGUUAAACCAUGAAUCCUUUCAGAAUAAUAUGGUGCUUAGCCCUGCUUUCAACAACAAAGUCACUUUAAUAAGUCAAUCUGGCAGCUUUUAGAUAAGGCAGUCCUUAUCAUAAAUGAGCCUGACCCCACUUCCAUACUUUAACUUGGCAUCACUGUAAGAGAAACUGGAAGAGAGUGAUACUCAAGUUCUGCCUAAUCGGUAUCUCUCUUUACAGGUAAUUAGUAUAUGACUGGAUGACUUCAAUUCACUGUUCUAAUUGAUGUAAUUGAUCUCUGUUGUUCAUUUAAUAAAAGUAUUCUAUCUCAGGA